GUUAAUCGCAAGACGCGUCCUCUCCCGUCUGUCUCUCAAUCAAAACCUAAAGAAGGAGACGAAGAAAGGGGAAAGCAGCAGCAACAGCAGCCGCGCAGUACCGAAUGAGGAGCUCACCGCAAUCGGUGCUCUCGCAGUGGCGGAGGAGAGGCAUCUGGAUCAUCAGCAGCAAAUGGCUAGCCACCGUCGCGAGCAUUUGGAUUCAGUGCACUAGCGGGUCAUCGUACUGCUUCGGCAUCUACUCUUCCCUCCUUAAAUCCAGCCAGGGCUACGACCAAUCCACCCUCGACACUGUCGCUUUCUUCAAAGACGUCGGCGCCAACGUCGGCCUCAUCUCCGGUCUCCUCUACUCAGCUGCCUCCUCCUCCUCCUCCUGGACACGUGGCGGGCCCUGGGUCGUCCAUCUGGCGGGGGCCAUCCUAUCCUUCUCUGGCUACUUCCCCAUGUGGCUUUCUGUCACCGGCGCCAUCCCCCGACCGCCCGUCCCCGCCAUGUGCGUGUUUAUGCUCCUCGCAGCCCAAGGGCUGACCUUUUUCAACACAGCCAAUGUCGUCACCGCCGUUGAGAAUUUCCCUGACCACAGGGGCACAGCCGUUGGGAUCAUGAAGGGCUUUCUCGGUCUAAGUGGAGCGAUACUAAUUCAAGUAUAUCAGACGAUAUUCAAGGAUAACCCUAGUUCGUUUCUUCUGAUGCUUGCGCUGCUGCCAACUCUCACCCCCCUCUUGCUAAUGUGUUUUGUAAAAGUUCGCUCUACAAAUGAAAGGCAUGACAAGAAAUACCUGAAUGGUUUCUCAGUCAUUGCGCUGGUUGUUGCUUUUUACCUCACUAUCAUUAUAAUUUUGGAGAAUGUCCUAGCAUUGGGAUCAUCAAUGCAUAUCCUUAUAUUGACAAUACUUCUCGUUACACUCAUCUUUCCUCUAAGCAUUGCAAUUAGAGCCCAAUUGAGGAACUCCCGGAUGCUACCACAAGCUUCAAAUCUCGAAGCAAACCGUUUGAUGGAUGAUCCUGACCCACUGGAUGUCACAGAGCAGAGGACAUAUGGGAGAGUAGAAGCUGAGAAGCUGAGAUACGAUCAUGCUGUGUAUCACGAGACACCAAGCAAUGCUGGUCAAGAGUCAUCCGUGCAUGACAGGAGGAUUAUGUUGAGGGGAGAAAACUACAAUCUUUUGCAGAGCAUGCGCACCAUUGACUUCUGGUUACUGUUUUUAGCCACGGCAUGUGGUAUGGGGUCAGGGCUGGCCACAGUAAAUAAUAUCAGUCAGAUUGGCACAUCUCUUGGUUACACAAGCAUUGAGACCAGUACAUUGGUCUCUUUGUGGAGUAUAUGGAAUUUUCUGGGCCGCUUCGGUGCUGGUUACGUGUCUGACUACUUCCUCCACCUGAGAGGCUAUGCAAGGCCGUUGUUCAUGGCCAUUACGCUGGCGACCAUGAGCGUUGGCCAUGUAGUGAUCGCUUCUGGCCUGCCGGGUGCUCUAUAUGCGGGUUCUAUCUUAGUGGGUGUAUGUUAUGGCUCUCAAUGGUCAUUAAUGCCCACCAUCACUUCAGAGAUAUUCGGUGUAAUGCAUAUGGGUACGAUAUUCAACACAAUUACCAUCGCGAGCCCGUUUGGGUCUUAUCUCCUCUCCGUGAAGUUGGUGGGGGGUAUAUACGACAUGGAAGCAUCAUCAUCAUCAUCAUCUGAUGAGAAGACGUGCACUGACUUGGGGCAAGAAGUGUAUGAUUCAACUUUUCGCACAAAACGGACGCUGUGAUGUGUGGUGGCCCAUCACCGUUGAUCAAUUCAAUGAUCUGAACCGUCCAUUCGAUCCGGACGGUGGGACUGACGAUAGCCAUGGUGACCUUCUACAACCAUGCACGUGCAUACAUGAAAGCCAUGUUCAAACGUAGGAUGAACGGUAGGAAGAUUUGAUCUCUUACGCCAAAACAAACUCGUGCAAAAGCAUCCAUUCUCGACUGAAAUUUCGCCACGAAUCCAAUUAACGGGGUGGAUUUCUCUAAUAAUGUCGAUCAUGGGCCCCACUGACGU